GCCAAGCUUUAAUAAUGACGUUAGCGCCCUCCGCUGGAUAUUUAUUAUAGUGCACUGCAGGAUGCACGUAUUAUCUUUGAAUCACCUGACUAGUAUUCUGUAAUUUCAUUGGUUUAAAUCAGCAGAACUGAAUGUCAAUCAAAGACUGUUCGUGUCCAGACUUGUAUUGAAACUGCGUCAUUUGAUCGUGCUGAUCUGGUCCGAUUUCUUGCUGAUUUUUGUUCAUACUGUGUGCGUACAUCUUAAAAGUAAGUAGUUAAAUACCCUAUUAUGUAUCUGUUGUUAGAUCUAGUUAGUUCUACGUUAUAUUGCAAGACUAAAUGUUCGCUAAUCCCUUUGAAGUCGUCAAUGCGCACGUAACUUCAAUCACGCAUUCAUUUCAGCAUAAGACACGCUGAAUAACAGACUUUGAAUGCAGCUGUUUAAAUAUGAUGUGGAGAUUUUUAUUUCUGCUUUAUUUGAUUGUUAAUUUAAAGUGAAUAUGUGUAUAAUCUGAGGAAAUAUACACCUGCUGGGCUUCUAACUAUGUCCAAAUCUGUAUGCUAUAUAUCAUUGCUAUUGUUAUUAUUGUUUCUGCCUCAUAAUUGUAUAUUAUAUAUAUUCAUUAUUGUUAUUAUUGUUCAUUUAUAGAACCACACACACUCAUACUGAUGUAUGAAUAAAGACAACAGUAAAGAAUCCUUUUUGUGGACAUGGACCAAGUGAUUUAUUGUUCUGCCUUGACGAUCUGUAGCGGUUGCCACCUAUAUUAAGAUCCACACCUUAACAACUUUCAUACAAAAUUUGGUCCUUCGAGCCGGAUCAGGCAGCUACUACAGCAUCACCAUGUACAGAACGGAAAAACAGGCUACCCCAGAACUACCAGUGGUUCGACCACGUCGACAAGCCAUCCCACCAAGAUACUUGGAUGACUUCUUUGUUGAUUAUACUGUGCCACAUCAGCCACUUCAUUCUGAUGAUGAACAGUGCACAAAGGGUGCCACUGGACCUGAACAAGGUAAAAGGCCUGCAUUUAAAGAGUUCCAACAUACUGAAAGCGGACCAGAACCAACAAAAGAUACAAGCACAGGAUCAAGUGAAAGGAGUUCAUUCGUGGAGACAUAUCAAGGUUUGCCGCAGCCAAAGCCACGUACUCGGACUUCUCCUAGGCAAGUAAUGGAUACGGAUCAGAGAGUUCUUUCCUCAAGUCCAGAUACAGCAGCCAUUGAGGGCAGGCCAGUUCUGUCUAGAGAUCAUGACGAUCUUCCUCAGCCCAUGAGGGCACUGUCUGAAGAUUCACGAGGAUACCCUCUGCAUUCUCACUCAGUCAGUCACAAAGAGAUUGACCAUCUCACUGACAACAUAGGAGAACUGAGACUACCAAGCUCUGCAAAUCGGCCAACUUCAAGUCAUCCUUUCUCUCCUUAUGAACUAACUCAAGCCCAUGCUAAGCUAGCUCAUCAAGAACGUCCUCCUCCUUCUCCAUAUCCUCAUGCAGCUGUUCAGUUUAUGCCCCAAGCCUACAGCCAAGAGAUAGCAGCUACUUAUGGGACUUUUACAGAUCAUAGUCUAAACCGCAGACCUGUCCGAUAUAUCCCUUCCACUGAACCACAUGGACAGCAAACUUACCAUGGUUAUUCAGCCACAAGUCCAGUCUAUCAAGAUGAGAGACUUACUCCAAGGGAUACAUUAACUCAUCACGCACGCUAUGAGAGACACUCAGACUACUAUGAUCAUCCAGCUCCUAUUCAUGCAGACAAACCGAGACUAUUGACCCCACGACAGUAUGCAGAUUAUGCUCAGCCUGAGACAUAUCAGCCAUACCACCCAGUCCGUCCUCCUCCUUCUCCAUAUCCUCAUGCAGAGCCCUCCUACAGAGGUCCCAUCCCCACAAUUCCUCAUUUUUGCAGUGAGGAUCCUAGAGAGUUUGCUCGACUCAAAAUUGCAUUGGAGAAUUUGCUACCUGCUGAGUCUACAGAACGUUUCAAGUACCAAAUACUGGUUGAUCAUUUGAAACAAGAGAAUGCCUUGCUCAUUGCAGACUCGUAUGUCAACAGCAGGUACCCAUACACCAACACUAUGAGGUCCCUAACUGCAAUUUAUGGUCAACCACAUCAACUCGCGCUACAAAGAAUUGCAGAAUUGAUGGAUGGCCCAAAGAUCAAGAGUGGUGACAUUAAAUCUUUUAGACUGUUUGCCCUCAAAGUACGUGCAUUAGUUGGAAUGCUGGACCAACUUGGAGCAAAGGGAUGGACAGAACUCAAAUGUGGGUCACACGUUGCACGUCUUCUUGCCAAACUGCCUCAUGACCUUAAAGCAAACUUCAGAAGGUUUGUCAACCCCAUUCAAAUACCAGUUCCAACACUGCUAGAACUCAGUGACUGGCUUGAAUAUGAGCUCAGAAUACAAGAGGAUGAGUCACAGUAUGCUAGUCAUUCAAGCAGAGCCUACUCUCAGCCGCAGAGAGACCAGCAAAGAAAUUCUAAGCCAGUUCGACAAUUUGCUAAUGUCUUGCAUGGUGGUGAACAGAGUAAACCAUCAAGUGCUACAGCAGCUAAGGAGAAACCAAAGAAGUACUGUCCCUUUUGCAAUACUAUGCAGCAUUUCUUCAACCAGUGCACUAACUUCAAACUGCUGAAUCAAGAUCAAGUGGAGUCGUGGCUGAAGUCAAAUCACAAGUGCUUUAAGUGCGGCCGUGAUCACCAGAUCUCACAGUGUACUCUUAAAGCCAAAUGUAAAAAAUGUGACAAGAGACAUUUAGAAAUACUGCACGACUUCAAUGCCAAAGUGAAACAUGAAGCACAAUCUUCAGCAGAGAACAGUUGUCUUGUGAACUCAGCAGUGGAGACCUUGUAUCUGGACAGGCCAACUGCAAGCAGUAAAGUUCUUCUGAAAGUCAGUCGAGUGAUCUUGAGGAAUGGUGAGAAGGAACUUGAUACAUAUGCUAUACUGGAUGACGGUUCAGAGAGGACAAUGUUACUGUAUGAAGCAGCACAGCAACUUGGUCUUCAAGGACUUCCUGAAGAUAUCGCCCUCCGUACUGUGAGACAAGACAUACGGGUCGUUCAUGGGGCGGCUGUUUCAUUCUCCGUAGCUUCUGUGUCUCAGCCGAACAAACCCUUCACCAUUGAGAGAGCUUUCACAGCCAAAGAACUGAGCCUCGCAAAACACACUUACCCUGUUAAGUUGCUCCAGAAGAAAUACAGACACCUGCAAGGUCUGCCUAUCCCCCAACUGCAGCAGGCUCAACCACUCUUACUUAUUGGCUCGGACUACCCACAUUUAAUCACAGCCACAGAACCAGUGCGUCUUGGACCCCCUGGUGGUCCUGCUGCUGUAAAAACCAGACUUGGAUGGACUCUGCAGGGCCCCUCAAAGUUCCUUGCCAGUCAGCUCUCACCACAGCAGUGUCUGUUAACCUCCGCUUUGUCUCCAGAAGCAGAACUGUUCAACAAUGUACAGAAAUUGUGGCAAAUGGAUAUCCUUCCAUAUCGGAGUGAAAAGCUGAUCACAAGAUCAAGGCAAGAUACAGAAGCAGUGCAAAUUCUUGAGGAGAAAACAAUCAGGCUGGCAGUCGGAGAUAUCCAAAGGUAUGCAACACCCCUCCUCUGGAAAAGAAAUCUUCCUCCUUUGCAAUCAGCUAAAGAAGCAGUAACCGCUCAUUUAAGAAACACAGAAAAACGCCUUUUGAAGAACACGGAUCUUGCAUCAGUGUACAAUAAUGAGGUGCAGAAACUUGAAAAUGCUGGUUACAUCUCAAAGCUGACAUCAGAGGAGACAGAGAGAAGCCAUCACACAUGGUACAUACCGCAUCACAUUGUUCAACACAAUGAAAAGCACAGAAUUGUCUUCAACUGCUCGUUUAAGCACAAAGGGACAAGCCUAAAUGACCACCUCCUCCCUGGGCCUACACUUGGACCAACCCUCUUAGGAGUACUUCUGCGCUUCAGAGAAAAUGUAGUCGCCAUCAGCAGUGAUAUAAAAGGAAUGUUCCACCAGGUGCGUCUGCUGCAGGAAGACAAACCUUUUCUCCGUUUUCUUUGGAGAAACUUGGACCAGGGAAAAGCCCCCACUGUUUAUGAGUGGCAGGUAUUACCUUUCGGUACAGUCUGUAGCCCCUGUUGCGCAACAUUUGCUUUGCAGAAACACGUGUAUGACCACAGCAAACCAGAAGAGGAUGUGCAUGCCUCAGUAGAGCACAACUUUUAUGUUGACAACUGGCUGCAAAGUUUUCCAUCAGCUGAUGAAGCGCAGAAUCUUGUUACAAAGAUGCAGCAACUCCUUUCAGAUGGUGGCUUUGAAUUGAGGCAGUGGGCCACCAACACUCCAUCAGUCAUCGCUCAUUUCCCGGAUGACCUGAAAUCUGCAAACAGUCACCUUUGGUUCACUCAAAGUGGAGCAGACCCACAAGAAAUGACUCUGGGCCUACGCUGGCAGUGCUCUUCAGAUGUUCUUGGUUACAAACACAAACAACCUGAAAAUUCUGUACCAACAUUGAGAAACAUUUACAAAACCCUUGCAAGUCAAUAUGACCCGUUAGGCUUCUUAAUUCCAUUCACUACAAGAGCCAAAAUAAUCAUCCAACGCUUAUGGGACAAGAAACGUGAAUGGGAUGACCCAGAUCUUCCCAAAGAUCUACUUCAAGCUUGGUUGACCUGGCAAAGUGAGCUGACGCAACUACCACAUGUUACGUUCCCAAGAUGUUACACCAAAGCAAAUACCGACCUAUCAGGUAGCAGACGCAUUCUCCAUGUAUUCUGUGAUGCAUCGGAACGUGCAUAUGGAUCAGUCGCAUAUAUCAGUACAAGUGAUAAACAUGGUGAGACCCAAGUUUCAUUUGUUGCUGCCAGAUCGAGAGUGGCACCUAAACGACAACAAUCUAUCCCACGACUCGAACUCUGUGCUGCCCUGACUGGCGCUCAGCUGGCUGCCACUUUGAGAAAAGAACUGACCAUCAAGAUUGAUCAAGAACUAUACUGGACUGACUCCACAACUGUAUUGACUUGGCUCCAAUCAGACUCCUGCAACUACAAGGUAUUUGUCGGAACACGUGUGGCUGAGAUACAAGACCUUACAGACCCAAAGUCCUGGCAUUAUAUCAAUUCAGAGUUGAACCCAGCCGACGACAUUACCAGAGGACUCGCUCUCUUUAAACUCUUAGAGCAAAGACGAUGGAGUCAGGGUCCACAGUUCUUAACUCAGCCAGUUAGUAGUUGGCCUAAACAACCACUUGAUGUUGUAUGCGACGACAUUCAAGAGCACCGCAGUUCUACUUUCUGUGGAGCAUUAUCCUCCAGUCAAACUGGCAUCCCAGAUAUCUCUCAAUAUAAUUCGCUUCAAGAUCUGAUUAAAGCUACUGCUAUUUCCCUUCAUGGGGCGGCGGAUGGAAGUGAACUCUCUGCUGACGACUAUUCACAAGCUGAAAAGGAACUUCUGAGACAAGCUCAAAUUGAAAGUUUCCCAGAAGAAACAGCCCUGCUCCAGUCAGAUAAACCUGUAUCUCAUUCUAGUCGUCUUCUAACUCUUGCCCCAGAGUAUGAUCAUGAAGCCAAAUUAGUCAGAGUUGGUGGACGCCUACGCAGAUGUAACCAUUUGGACUCAAACGCAGUCCACCCCAUUGUCUUAGACCCUACUCACCCUCUCGUAAAGCUUCUGAUUCAACAUUACGAUAACCUCCUGCUACAUCCAGGACCCGAGCGUGUGUUCGCAGAACUGAGACGGAAAUAUUGGAUCAUAAGAGGCAGAGAGGCAGUGAAAAAACACCAGCGUGGCUGCUUUGAAUGUAAGAAAUGGCGAGGGAAGCCAGAAAUUCCCAUGAUGGCAGAUCUUCCUCAGUCCAAUCUUAGACUGUUUCGUCCAGCUUUCUAUUCAACAGGCAUUGAUUGUUUCGGGCCCUUUCAGGUUAAGUUUGGACGCAGAUGUGAAAAACGCUGGGGAAUACUGUACAAGUGCCUUACUACCAAAGCGGUUCAUAUUGAACUUCUGUCGAGCAUUGACACAGACUCCUUUCUUAUGUCAUUAAGAAGGUUCAUAGCUCGCAGAGGGAAACCAUAUGAAGUGCUUUCCGAUCACGGAACAAACUUCAAGGGAGGUAACACAGAACUUCAGAAUGCCUUCAAUACACUUCACCCAACUUUGAAAGAGCAUCUGGCUUCUCAGCAGAUUAAUUUCCGUCUGAACCCACCAAAUGCACCGCAUUUUGGAGGAUCGUGGGAGAGAGAGGUUAGGUCUAUCAAGACAGCACUGCGCACCUCUCUUGGUUCUCAGUCCGUGCCAGAGGAAGUACUGAUCACGGUACUUGUGGAAGUAGAGGGUAUAUUAAAUUCCAAGCCAUUGGGAUAUGUUUCUUCAGACAUUGCAGACAUAGACCCUGUGACACCUAAUUCCCUCCUCAUGGGACGUCCAACUUCUGCAUUACCACAAGUUGUUUACCCAGAAUCAGAAAUGCUCAGCCGUAAGAGAUGGCGUCACAGCCAGAUUCUAAUUGAAAACUUCUGGAAAUGUUUCAUACAACACUACCUUCCAAACCUGCAACAACGACAAAAAUGGCAAAAAGAAUCUGGAAACCUUCAAACUGGUGAAGUCGUGAUGAUUGUGGACCAACAAGCACCAAGAGCCUUAUGGCAAAUAGGUACUGUAGCCAAAGUCAUUCCUGGACAAGAUGGGCGAGUUCGUACAGCUGUAGUUAAUGUCAAAGAUAAAAGUUACACAAGACCUGUAGCUCGUCUGAUUAAACUACCUGCCCUACAUGAUGACACCAACAAAGACUAAUGUGCCUUUUCUUUAUUUACAAAUUUGAUAAACAAAUUUGGGGGCGGCUGUACAAAAGGCCAAGCUUUAAUAAUGACGUUAGCGCCCUCCGCUGGAUAUUUAUUAUAGUGCACUGCAGGAUGCACGUAUUAUCUUUGAAUCACCUGACUAGUAUUCUGUAAUUUCAUUGGUUUAAAUCAGCAGAACUGAAUGUCAAUCAAAGACUGUUCGUGUCCAGACUUGUAUUGAAACUGCGUCAUUUGAUCGUGCUGAUCUGGUCCGAUUUCUUGCUGAUUUUUGUUCAUACUGUGUGCGUACAUCUUAAAAAACCACACACACUCAUACUGAUGUAUGAACAAAGACAACAGUAAAGAAUCCUUUUUGUGGACAUGGACCAAGUGAUUUAUUGUUCUGCCUUGACGAUCUGUAGCGGUUGCCACCUAUAUUAAGAUCCACACCUUAACAA